AGUGCGCAGACUCCGAAUGACGUCACGUGCGCAACAUGGAGGCGCUCACCUCGGCGGGGUUUAUCUCCGCGUUGGCGCCUUUUUGUUACAGCGGGAAGGAAGAGUUUAAACACCUGUACCUGUCCGACAACAUGUCCUGACAACACCGAGGGUUGCUGCGGUCAUGCUGGUCGGCUACAGCAGCUCGGAGGAGGAGGAGGAGGAGGUGGAGAAAGAGGAGGAGGAGGAGAAAGAGGUGGAGGAGGCAGCAGCUCCGAAACAAAGCUGCUCUAGAAAGAGGCGGGAAGAAGAAGAAGAAGAAGAAAAUGGCGGCACAGCGAGGAAGAAACACAAAACUGAGAGAAAGGCUCCUGAAACAAGGUUGCCUCUCCCUGGUUGCCUGGUGGAAAUGUUUCCAGAGGACGUGGACUCUCCGCCUGAAGACAGCGCUCUUCACGGUGGACGCGUCCGCACCUUUAAACACGAGCGAGGCAACUGGGCCACCUACGUCUAUCUACCAUACCAUCCUGAGGACGAGUUCGCCGAGCUUUUGGACGAGCUUCUCUCGGUAGCGAAGGCCCGCGGCGUGGUUUUAAACCCGCAGGAGGAGUUCCACCUCAGCCUGUCUCAGACUGUGGUGCUGAGACACCACUGGAUCCAACCGUUCACGCAGAGCCUCAAAGCGGGCCUGGUACACUGCAGGAGGUUUGUGUGCACAGCGGGCAGACUGAAGGUCUACUGUAACGCCGAGAGAACCAGGACGUUUCUGGGGAUGGAAGUGUGUACUGGGCAUGCUCAGUUGCUGCACCUGGUCCAAGCAGUCGACAGAACUAUGACGGAGUUUCGCCUGGACACUUUCUAUGAGGAUCCGUCUUUCCACGUCAGUCUGGCCUGGUGUGUCGGAAAUAUGACAGGACAGAUGAAGGAGUGUCUUCAGGAGCUGCAGGACGUGGUCGAUGACCAUGAAGAAGGACCGUUUGUCCUCAGGUUGGACUGCGAGGAACUGCGCUGCAGGACGGGAAACAAAACCUUCCGCUUCCCUCUGGAAUGAGCCGGAAACGCCAUCAAAACAAGAAUUAGACGGUAUAACAGAUCUGUAUCAAGUCACGUACCAAGAACUCAUCGGAUUCAGUCUAAUAACAGAUGAUGAACUGACAAUGUGUUGUCUUCAAUAACUGCUAACAUCCAAUCAGAGACAACCAAGGCUCCAAGCAAAUGUAACAUUAUUUUUCUACGUUAUUUAAAUCGUGUAUAUAAAUAAAGUUUCAGCUGGUUUUAUACUUA